UUUAUUUUUCCCAAUUUUAAAAUCACAUGUUCAACUUUUCUCUAAAUGAAAUACACUCGACUCACGUGCAUAAAAUGGCGCGUGGAAGAAAAGCAGAAUCGUUGACAGGGGACACGCGUCUCAUAUCUGACAGAGAAGCACUUACUAUUUUGUUACACCCGAAGCACAUACGUGUCCUCUUUUAAUGGGGAAGUGCUUCAGAAACGUGUCACUCAACCUUUCGUCAACCAAUCAACUCCCUCACACGCUUCAUCUGGUGGGACCCAUAAAAAAUCUCUGGCGGGCCAAUCACAGCUUCCGGAUGCAAUUUGUUGCCCUCGACACGUGUAACUCCCACGCACCGGCGACCGUUUUCAUCUUAAUCCAUCAUGAUUAUCCUCCGCCCGGGCAUAUUUCCGGUUUCUUUUAGAGAGAGAGAGAAUCUAGAUGAAGAGAUAAGGAUUGAAAGGUAGGUAUGGACGGUGAAAAGAGGCGCGUUGACUCCCGGUGCAUCGCCGCCGAUGGCAAGGAUAAUACGAUAAUCGAUCAGAUUAUGCUGAGAUUCCGUCCGAUCGCACCGAGGCCGGUUACUGUUGAGAGUUCCGGUCAUGCGCUACCGUCGAAGGACUGGAUGCUUAAGAGGAAGAGAGUAAAGAGGAAGUACGUGAGAGUGAAGAAGAAGAAAAGGGCCGCAGGGUGUAGUUUGACGAUAAACGAUAACAAAAGUUGGUUCGGUUUGGACAGAGCUGUUGCGAUGCUCGAGGAUUCUAAAGGAAAUGAGCUGGUUCUAACAGAUCCGUUGCAGAAAGUGUCGAACUGGAUCAGUUUUGAUGUACCUGAAAAUAACAGAAAAAGUAUCAUGAGGAAUUUAAUAAAUUAUGAUCCGCCGGAUCAUUUGUCACCAGAUCUGCAUGGCGUAGAUCUGGCUACGGCGGUGCGAAAAAGGAAAGUAGUGGAGUCGUGGAUCACGAUAGAAUCGGUGACCGGCACGUGUGAGGAUCGAAGGCUGUUAGGAUACACAGACGAAGAGAUAUGGAAGAAUCUAGAGAGUGACAGCUGUCCAGGUUUCAUAUCUAACAGUUUUGAUGAGGUCCUGUGGGUGAAUCCGGCUUACCGGAGGAUGCUGGAUCUGAAUUCUGAAGAUGAAGCACCGGCGACUGAGGUGGCGGUGUGGCUGAGGUUAAAAGUGGAAGAAUCCACGGUGGUAAAAUACCUGCCAGCUUUGUCAUGCAGAGUUAGAAUUGUGUACCGAUUAUCUGAGAAGAAGACGCAGAUGAUGGUUCCUUGCGACGUCUGCAAGAUGGAUUCCGGUGGCUUUGCUUGGCGGCUUGAUGUCAAAUCUGCUUUGAGCUUGGGGCCAUUGAGUUAACUAAUUCGAUCAAAAUCAAAUUCCCAAACAGCUGCUGCAUAAAAUCUGUAACAAGGAUAAGAACAAAUUGACUGUGGCUGCUUGGACCAAGCUUCAAUUACAUAUAGUUUUAGUGAUCUCAAAAAGGAAGAUUCUAUAUAUUUCUUAAAAUCAAGUUGCAUUUCUUCCUUUGGUGAUCCUUAUCUUGCUAAUGUAAUAUAUAUGGUUUGAUAUAAUUAAUAAAAGUAGAUGAAGAUUUUAUAUCAUACCCCAAGUUUAUCCACAUAACUUAGUGACAUUAUACAUGCAUCAGCUAUUUUUUUUAAUGUGUCAUAUAU